AUGGCUCUGCAAUUGCUUCUGGGAGCUUUGAUUGCUCCAGCGCUUGCGAUCCCUCUGGCUGGAAGUGCGCUUGAGGUCCUUGAGCGACGCCAACUCUCUGAGAACAAUGCAGAUCUUUCUGCCUGCCCUGGUUACAAUGCCGCGAAUGUGCAGCAGUCCGGUUCCUCCAUUACUGCAGAGCUGAGCCUUGCCGGUGCAGCGUGCAAUGCCUACGGAACUGACAUCCAGAACCUCCUCUUGACCGCCACUUACGAUUCUGCGGAACGACUGCACGUGGUCAUAGAAGACGCAGGUCGACAGGCAUAUCGCGUGCCGACCUCUGUUUUCUCCCCACCCGAAUCGCAUGGCGUUGAUCCUGGGCACUCGCAUCUCCAAUUUAACUGGGUGGCAUCGCCCUUCUCAUUCACUGUAACACGCCGUGCUUCGGGCGAGGUACUUUUCGAUUCAUCGGCCGCACCGCUGGUGUUCGAGGACCAAUACCUGCGCCUCAGAACCGCCCUUCCAGAGGACCCCAACCUCUACGGUCUUGGUGAACAUAACGAUAACUUGCGAUUGAACACCACCGACUAUAUUCGUACUCUCUGGUCCCGCGACUCUUUUGGAAUCCCGCCAGGAACAAAUCUUUAUGGUAACCAUCCGGUCUACUUCGAUCACCGCGGCGAGAACGGCACACAUGGCGUUUUCCUCCUUUCCAGCGUCGGAAUGGACAUCAAGAUCAACAACACCGCAGAAGACGGGCAGUAUCUCGAGUACAACCUGCUUGGUGGUGUUAUCGAUUUAUACUUCAUGGCUGGUAAUGAACCGACGGAUGUCUCCAAGCAGUACGCUCUCGUAGCAGGCUUACCUGCCAUGAACUCGUAUUGGUCUCUCGGGUUCCACCAGUGCCGUUAUGGAUACCGCGAUUUUUAUGCGGUCGCUGAGUCAAUCUACAACUACAGUGCUGCUGGUAUUCCGCUUGAGACGCAGUGGACCGACAUUGACUACAUGUAUGAGCGCUGGAUCUUCACACUUGAUCCUGACCGCUUUCCUCUGGCACGCGUACAAGACAUUGUCAACUAUCUACACGAGCACGACCAGCACUACAUCGUCAUGGUGGAUCCUGCGACUGCUGUCGAGAACUACACCACCUACAACCGGGGCGUCCAGCAAGAUGUUUUCAUGAAAUACGAUAAUGGUACCAUUUUCCAGGGUGUUGUAUGGCCUGGCCCAACUGCCUUCCCAGAUUGGUUCCAUCCGAAUGCACAGGGCUGGUGGAAUCAAGAAUUCUUGGACUUCUUCGACGACGAAAACGGCGUUGGCAUUGAUGGCCUGUGGAUCGACAUGAACGAAGCUGCCAACUUCUGUCCUUUCCCCUGCCCGGAUCCCGAAGCAUACGCAGCAGCGAAUCGGUUCCCACCAAGGCGUCCGUUCGUGCGGUCACAACCACGUGUCAUCCCUGGCUUCCCACCAGAGUUCCAGCCAGGAGCUUCAAACGCAACGCCAGAUAGCCUUCCGUACAACGACCCCAACCUUGCGCCCGCCGCGUCUGUAAGUCAGCCUACGAAGCUCAAGCGACAGACCACAGAGUUCGGUGAAGAGCUUGACACGCCGCUCGGCCUUCCAGGAAGGAACCUACUUGAGCCACCUUACCGAAUCCAGAACGCGGCCACAGAGCAAGACUAUGGUGGCUUGAGCAACAAGACCAUCAACACUGACCUCCGCCAUGAGAAUGGAUUGGCCGAACUCGACGUGCAUAACCUGUAUGGAACAAUGAUGUCAGAGACUUCUCGUGGUGCCAUGCUUGCGCGGCGACCAGGCCUCCGACCCCUAGUCGUCACACGCAGCACCUUUGCUGGAGCUGGUCGCUACGUUGCGAAAUGGCUUGGCGAUAACCUCUCGACUUGGGAACAAUAUCGCAAGCAGAUUCAUGGCAUGCUAGAAUUCAAUGCGCUGUUCCAGGUUCCGAUGGUAGGGAGUGACGUCUGCGGAUUCGGUAGCAACACAACUGAGCUCCUUUGCGCCCGGUGGGCUAUGUUGGGUGCUUUCAACCCCUUUUACCGAAACCAUAACCAAGACUCGGCCCUUCCGCAGGAGUUCUAUAUAUGGGAUUCUGUCACCCGAGCCGCUCGCACCGCUAUUGAGAUCCGCUACAAGCUCCUGGACUACUUCUACACCGCUAUGCAUGAGCAGAGCGUUGAUGGAACUCCAUCACUAAACCCGAUAUUCUUCAAGUAUCCGUCGGAUCCGAACACGUUCGCAUUGGAGUAUCAAUUUUUCUACGGCCAUAGCCUUCUUGUGUCGCCUGUAACCGAGGAAAACGCCACCGACGUCGAAAUCUAUCUGCCCAACGACCUCUUCUACGACUUCUACACCUACGAGCCGAUCCAGGGCAACGGCACCACUCUCAACCUGACCGAUAUCGGGUUUGAGGAAAUCCCGCUCCACAUCAAGGGCGGCUCUAUCAUCCCAAUGCGCACCGAAUGGGGCAUGACCACCACCGAAGUCCGCACCAAGCCAUUCGACCUUGUCAUCGCACCUUCGGCGAACGGCACCGCGCACGGCAGCCUUUAUCUUGACGAUGGCGUCUCGAUUGAGCAGAAUGGGACGACUUACAUCACGUUCACUUACAACAACGGCCAUCUCAAUGCCAACGGCACGUUCAACUACAUGGCAGAGGCGAACAGCAUCAGCAAGAUCACGGUUCUGGGCACGAGGGGCGUGCCGGAGUUCGCGGAGAGCCAGGUCAUCUCGUUCGAUGUGGAUAUUCCAUUGACGGAGGCAUUUACCCUUGAGUGGUAA